AUGGCAAGGUUGAUGGCCGGGGGGUUGGGACUGAGUUUCCGACAGUUACUGGAAGCUUGUAAAGGUAGUAAAUUCUUAGAUUUAGAGUUGAGAGAUGGAAUUUUGGGUGGAUUCGCGUUGACGCCAAUUGGAAGGAUGCUGAGGAAUAACUUGAAAGAGGAGUUCCGUCGUGGAGAACCGGGAAUGGCUGUGUAUGAGGGAAGCUCUGGAAUUUCGCUGGAGAAAAAUCUUCGAUUCGUGCAGGACACUUUUGCAACGGAUCUUCCCUUUGGAAUCACCGUUGAGGAACUUUUUGAGGAUAGAACUGUUAGUCUCUACGAAAACUAUGGUUUCCAUUUGGAAGGAGGAUCAUUGCUGUCGUGUUCAUACUUUGUGAAUCCAACGAUGAGCAUGGAGUUCAUGUACAAAGCUCAACGUCAGCGGAAGAUCUGGUGGAUGCGGUUCGCUUGCGAUCCCGGCCGGUAUUUCAUUUCCGAUCUUCGCCAGGAUGCGGAAAGUAAAGUGCAAUCGGUGGCUAUCAAAGCUCGAUUUGCCGGGGAAGAAGUGGCACUGGAACAGCUGGAGUUGAUACCCGGAAGUGUGAUGCGUGAAGAAAUGGGUGAUUUUCAGGUGAAAAUCGGAAAAUCUAGCAGAAAAAUUACACCCAAUGUUCUGCGGGUUAGGCAGUGUGUGGAACUGGCCACGUUGGAGGUUAUUUUGGAUGCGUUCGAGAAUUCUGGAACCAGCAGUGUGCGAAUCCAUCGGAAGCUGGCACCGUACAAGUGUGGGAUCAUAUGUCUGUCUGAAGCAGACCCAUCUCAACUGGAAGAGCUGCGAGAUCUGGCCAAACACCUUAGCAAUGUUUUGAGGAAAGCAAACAUCACCGUCUUGGACUGUUCCUCCCAGAACGGAAGCAGCGAACGGUCAUUGAACAAGCAAUUGAGGCACCUGGAUUCCAUAGCAGUUCCCUACAGCUUGCUUCUGCAAGAGCAAAGUCUCCAGAACGGUCUGUUUCAGCUUCGCUCCCGGGAUACGACCAUCAGUGAAACGAUCCACAUUUCCGAUUUACCGGAUUAUUUAUUGAAGAUUAUAACCAGUUAGUGGAAAGCA